UUUUCGAAACACGCCAGCUUUGGUGCACGUGUGUUAAUUGCAUUAAGCUCGAUAUUACAAGCCAAAAUGGAUAAACCCAACGUUCUUGCUCGUGUCGUGAAAGUGCUUGGCCGUACUGGUUCUCAGGGCCAGUGUACUCAAGUGAAGGUCGAGUUCAUUGGGGAGACCAGCCGUCAGAUCAUCAGAAACGUGAAAGGACCCGUCCGUGACGGAGACAUCCUCACUCUUCUUGAAUCUGAACGUGAAGCUAGGAGGCUGCGAUAGAUUAUUGCAGCAUUACUGCAUUAGGUUAAGGCAUUCACCUGUACCAUCUACAUAAAUUUAUGUGUUAAACUUACAAAACCGUCAAAGAUGACCAUUUUAUUGUAUUCAGCUCGGAAUAAAUACAUAACAUAAAA